GGCAAAGGCAGUUCGACGACUGCGAGCUCGGGUGAAAUCGCCGCUGUUCACUUCUCCGUAUUGCCGAUGGCCUCCGACCAAGAGACGUGGGGUGGAUCUGCCGAAUCCUGGGGUACCUUUGCCCAUUGGCCUUGCCGCGAUGGUUUUCCUGACAUUGGCAUCACGGCCAUUGGCGCACGGAUCUCGUCGGCCUCUUCUGCGAGGAGUCUAUUCGUUUACCUCUCACCGAUCUAUCCGUUCUUUCAGUGCAAUCUUUUCAAGCAUAUCCGUACCCUUCCCGGUACAGAGGAGAUCCGGAAAGUCAUCGACAAGGAUGCAUACAUUCUCGAACGAUGUCUGGAUGCCGAAGCCGCACUUGCAAGAGCCCAGCCGCGAUGCGAGGUGAAUCUUCCAAAAAUGGGGGGCCAGUUCACCUGGAAGCUACGAGACUGGGAUUCGAUAUCUUAUCUUGCCGCUUGUUCGUCAAUUGUCGACGAUAUCUACACACCCAUGGUGGGCCGCACCCGUCUGCUGUAUGCCCGCCUUCUUGCCUUCGGCUACAAGUGUGCAGUGCGUCUUGCAGGCUUGCAGCGGCAUCUCAAGUGCUUGACGCAGUUGCGGAGUGAUUGCUUACUGGCGCAGUUUGGCGGCGCAGCCGAAUCAUUGGCAUCGAUGGGCUCUGGGAACCACGGGCUCCGCGUAUAUCAAGUCCUGGUGGAAGGAAUGAGACAUAAAGAUCCCGUCUAUUACCGGGCAUACCUUAUCACGAGGUCGUCGACUGAGCUAGGAGAGGUGUCAGAGCUGUUUGUGCCACACCGCGGCGCCUCCUCCACCAUGCCGCAGAAACGCAAUCCCAUACCCAGUGAUGUUAUUCGUGCUGAAUUCAAGUCCUUGCUGUUGAAUCAAAUGAUGGCCAACCUGGAUUCGAUCGAAGAACUUAUCGUGGCGAAGGCAGUCAUAAUGGGCCUGGCACUGCUUUAUGCAGAAGCUGGAGGUGACCUUGAUUUUGGCAAAGGAACGGUGAGCCAGUUGCGCGGCCCCAUUAAUCACUUUGGGACAUCGAUGCGACUGGUGGAGGAUAUGUUAGCUGUUGACUCAAACAACCGUGUGAGGGGAGAAGUCUGA